AUGGCUACGUGCUCAGGGGCGCGUGCCUGCCGAGGCGUGUGCGUCCACGCUGUAUUUUCAUCUCUGUGUCAUUUGCUCCCUUUAAGCUUCUACGAGGAACUUCUGUCUCAUGGCAUCUUGAAACUGCUGACUGCACCCAUUGAAGGAAUGGUAGUGAAAGAAGGCUCGUGCAAUUACAUGGCACCCCAGGGCAUCUCCUCGGUUGUCAAGUUUUAUUUAAAACAGUCAGGUGCAGAUGUCUUCUACGAACAGCAUGUAACUCACAUCUCUCUCCGAGAUGGGAAAUGGGAAGUCUCCAGGAAAAUGGGACCGACAGAACAGUUUGAUAUAGUUAUUCUCACAAUGCCUGUUCCACAAAUUCUUCAGCUGCAGGGUGACAUUGUAAACAUAAUUAAUGAAAGUCAAAAGCAGCAACUGCAAUCUGCGAGCUACUCCUCCCGCUACGCUCUGGGACUUUUUUAUGAGGCCGGUACACAGAUUGAUGUCCCCUGGGCUGCACAGUACAUCACCGAUAAUCCCUGCAUACGCUUCAUCUCCAUCGAUAAUAAGAAACGCAAUAUAGAGUCUCCUGAAAUUGGGCCCUCAGUUGUAGUUCACACAACCAUGAUGUUUGGAAGUGAGCACCUGGAUUCAGACCCUGCAGAGGUGCAGCAGUUAAUUCUCAGUCACCUGGAGAGGAUUGUGCCAUCCCUACCUAAACCAGUCAGCAUCAAGUGUCAGAAAUGGAGAUACUCUCAGGUUACAAAAGCUGUGCCCAGUUGUCUGGGACAAAUGAUUCUUCAUACUCAACCUCUCCUGAUUUGUGGGGGCGAUGGAUUUACUCAUUCCAACUUCGAUGGCUGCAUAGAUUCUGCUAUGAGCCUUGCAGAGGCUGUGAAGUCUCAUUUAUAGCAAUUUCAAAGUCAGCUGCUAAACUUAGUCUAGAUUUAUGAUGAAUUUUACUAUGAUGGAUUGAAUUCUAGUUUAGUGUUAACAUCACUGUCCUCUAUCUUGCAAAAAUAAAUAAAGGAAGAUCUAUUGGUGUGCUG